AUGCGUACAGAACGACUACAAGUGAUUGCUCAAUUGAAAACAAUCCAGUUACAGCAAGCUUUGCAAGCAUAUUAUAAUUUGGGGUAUUUCCUUCUGAAUAGAUACGAAAUCACCCUGGCCCUUACCAGCUAUAAGGCAGGCAACACCUCGGUUGAGGUUUUUGAAGGUGCCCAGCGAACUCUAUUUCAAUACGUUGAUUCCCUGGAUUUCGUGGCCGGGGCAAGGCUAUAUGACUUGGGAUUGAAUUUGGUGGUGAACGCAACAAGUAAUACAACCCUGUUGUCCGAUCCUACAAAGGACUAUCUUUAUCCAAUCAGAAAGAACAUCUCCAUCAGUAACAUUCUUCCAGAUGAUGAUUAUUUUGUCACCGGUCCAGUAGCCAAUUCAUCAGUCAUUGAUUCUGCAUAUUUCCUCGGGUUAACUUUACCCGUUUUUUCCAAUUCCUCAAUCAUUAUAAGUAAGCCUUCGAUCCUGGGUUACUUGACUAUAAUAUGCAAUAUUUACAGUAUUCAAUAUGCUGUCAAUGGAUCAAUCAAUUUUUCGACAGAUACCGCUUCAUCAUCUUCUUCCACAUCUUCCUUAUCCCUGCCAUCAUCAAACUUGAAUGAUUUCUCGGUGAUUGCUGUUCAAGCCGUAUAUAAUCAAAACUCAGAUGUUAACUCCGGACUUUAUGGAUUUAGAACCGUUAUACCCGAUAUUGAGAACGUAUUGGAACCAAAUACAGUUUACAGUAUCAACACUUCUAGUGCUGUCAAGGAGGCGCUUUCUAGACCAAGUGGUUCUGCAGCUGAUGUACAACUGUAUAGCGGUAGAGGUAUUGCUAUUGGGUUUCAAUCAUUAGCUGUGGAUUCAGUCAAAAAUUGGACCAUUAUAGUCAUGCAGUCACGUUCUAGUUUCCUUGGACCAUUCAGAAAGUUAAGAUCAAUUAUCAUUGGUGUUUCCGUGGGCAUUGGAGCUUUCAUAUGUCUUUUAACAUUUCCCUUGGCUUAUUAUUUCAUUCGUCCAAUUACCAAAUUAAAGGAAGCUACAGAGUCUAUUACCAGAUCCAAGAAGAAAGAAAAGCAAAUACCGUCACCUCCAUAUUCUAGAACUCUGUAUCCUUGGUUCUAUCGGAAACAAAAGGUUUCAGAAGAUGAGGAUGGGUCACUGCAAACGUUAUUACAGCGAAUGCCUGAUAAUACAACGGCUUCAAAUGGGUUGUCAUUUUCUGCAAGAAAGGACACGGGCGCAGGCGCUGGUGCAAGUAAUGGAAAUGUUGAUAUAGGACAACCACUGACUGCAAGAGAUAUGACUGUUGCAGCCCCAAGUAAACGACAGUUACCCAUGAUAUCCAAAGUUAAACGACAAUCCAAAGGUACAGCUUAUCCACCAAUAGUGGAAAAAACCGCAAUUGAAGAUAAUAAUAAUAUUGGAGAUGAAGAGGAACAAAUAGGACUGAAUAACUUUUCAAUGAAAAGAGAUUCUAUUCAUUCAGAGCUGACUUCAGGAUAUUCUACAGCUAUCAGACUUCCGCAGAGAAUAGUCAAUUCUAAGAAAUUUUUUAAAGAUGAAUUGACUGAAUUAACUGAUGCUUUCAAUAUUAUGAUUGAAGAAUUGGAUAAACAGUAUACCCAUCUUGAAGACCGAGUGAAACUUCGUACUAAAGAGUUGGAAGCAUCAAAGAUAGAAGCCGAAGCUGCAAAUGAAGCUAAAACAGUAUUCAUUGCCAACAUAUCACAUGAAUUAAGAACACCUUUAAAUGGUAUUUUAGGGAUGACAUCUAUUGCUAUGGAUGAAGAAGAUCAAUCCAAGAUUCAAGACUCUCUUAAGUUGAUUCAUAGAUCAGGAGAAUUACUCUUGCAUAUUUUAACUGAAUUAUUAACGUAUUCAAAGAAUACUUUGAAUCGGUCUAAAUUGGAAACAUCAAACUUUCAAAUCUUGGAAGUUGCUUAUCAAGUCAAGUCGAUUUUUUCCAAAUUAGCCGUGGAUCAAAAGGUUAAUUUUAAGAUUCUUUUAGAGCCUAGAAUUCUAAGGAAAAUGAUUCUUUACGGAGAUUCGAAUCGACUUAUUCAAAUUGUUAUGAAUUUAGUUUCUAAUUCAUUGAAAUUUACUCCUGUGAACGGAAGUGUUGAUGUUUCUUUUAAACUACUAGGAGAAUAUGAUCAUCAGAAAUCAAAAGCUUGUGAUUAUGAACAAGUUUAUGUUUUACGAAACCCAUUUGAUGAAACCAAACUUAACACUAUGAAGGGAGAAGUUGAUAAUACCACCAAUGAAUCCACUCUGCAAUCAUCAGCUUCGGAUUACUUUCAAUUUAAACAUACGGGCACUACGAAUAUCCGUGAGCAACAAGGAGCACCUGAUAAAUCUCAUACAACUGGUGCAUCUACGAAUCACCAUACGACGACAGGAAUUAAAGUUGGAAAAAUUGAAGAAAUUAACGAAUCUAUGGAUUAUGAUGCAAGUGAUACGGUUAGUGUGGUGACAUUAUCAACCCAAGCUUACGAGAAUAAUAUAUUUGAAAGUCAAUUUACUCGUCAUAAAGCCUUACCUCCUACACCCGUGGACUCUACUUCUACAGUAGAAGAUAUUUCACCUCCCAAGGGAGGACUUUUGCAUCCUGAUGAUCCACACUCUUCACCACUUGGAGGACAUAAUAAUACUUCUAAUAGCGAUGAAGUGCAUGUUUAUGCCAAAUCUCCUAGAGGUACUGGUUCUGGAUCAUCUCCUUCAAUAACUCGUCCUAAUAAUACUCGGGCAAACACUGAAUCUUCAUACAUUGGGCAUAACGAACUCAUCAAGAAUAAAAAGACUUUCAAAAUGCGUAACUUCUACAAACCCAAAGUCUGGGUUCUUCAAAUAGAAGUCCGUGAUACAGGAAGUGGUAUUGAGCCUGCGUUACAAGAGAAGGUCUUUGAACCAUUUGUUCAAGGUGAUCAAACCCUUAGUCGAAGCUAUGGAGGUACAGGGUUGGGACUUUCAAUUUGUCGACAAUUGGCAAAGAUGAUGAGAGGAUCACUAACUUUGAAGUCUUCUCUUGGAGUGGGAUCCACAUUUACUUUAAGAAUUCCAAUUCCACAAUCAGGAGAGAUUAUUGUACCUGAAGCAGAUCUUGAUGAGUUUUGUGAAGAUGAAUUUAAUCCUGGUUCCAAAAUGAACAGAAGAGUUACCUUUGCAGAUUUGGCAGGACAAAUGGCAUCAUCAACAGAUCAAACAAAUAAUAAUAAGAAUCAUAAUAAUCAUAAUCGUACAAGUGAUAGUACAGUUGCAACGAACGCUUUGAAUAGUCCACUUAUUUCUACACCAACGUCCGAAUCAGCACUUGUACUUUCGGGAAAUGAAAGCAGUGAUUCCAAUGCCUUGAAGCCUCCAUUAUUUGAACGAUCUUCAACAGGUACAGCAUCAGUCAACAACAAUAGCAACAGUAGCAAUAAUAACGAUGCAUUGUUGGAGAACUUGAGUCAUAUACGGAUCCUUGUGGCCGAAGAUAACUUGGUCAACCAAGAAGUUAUCAAGAGAAUGUUGAAGCUUGAAGGGUUUACCGACUUAACUAUGGCUUGUAAUGGAGCCGAGGCCAUUGAACUCAUUAAAUUAAGCGGAGAACAAGGAACUCAUUACGACAUUGUGUUCAUGGAUGUUCAGAUGCCCAAGGUUGAUGGGUUGACUGCUACCAAGAUGAUUAGAAGCAACUUACAAUUCAAAGGUCCCAUUAUUGCUUUGACUGCUUUUGCAGAUGAAUCAAACGUUAAAGAAUGCUUGAGUAGUGGGAUGGAUGGGUUCUUAUCAAAGCCUAUUAAACGGACAAACAUUCGAAAGAUUAUUAUUGAGUUUAGUCCCUCGUUACUAAGGGAUUACGGAACUAAAACCACAUGA